AUGGCUAGCGGGCAGGGACCUCCGCGAAGAGGUCGCGGCGGAUAUCAUCAAGGUGGUGGUGGCGGCGGCGGCGGCGGAGGAGGAGGAGGAGGAGGCGCCUUCCGUGGAGGACCUAAAGUGUUCAGCCCUGCUGGCGGUGUGCCUAGUCCCGACCCCGACGUGACCAAUAUUGAGAACACAUUUGUGGAUAACAAAGCACUCAGCCUGGCUGGUCUAAGUCUCAAUCAAGAAUUCCCCAGGCGUCCAAGCUACGGUACCAAAGGACAACCUGUUACUCUCUGGGCCAAUUAUUAUAGGUUAAGAGGCCCCCCAGCGUUGGUACUAUACCACUAUGCUUUGGUAAUCACACCUGAAGCGUGUGGUGGCAAGCUCAAGCAAAUUAUUCGACUGUUAUUGCAAUCCCCUACGUUAGAUAACCAUCGACAACAUAUGGUGACCGAUUUUAAAGCCAUCCUCAUCUCAUCAAGCAAGAUCGAUAACCAAGUUGUCGACAUCAUUUACCGAGCUGAAGAUGAAGAGGAACCCCGCGCGGGUGCUCGCCAAUACAAUGUCAAAAUUGAAUUAAACCACACUCUCCCUUUAGCUGAUCUCGCGACUUAUCUCAAGUCAGCAGACCAAACUCAGUAUGUGUCGAAGCUACCUGCUAUUCAGGCUUUGAAUAUCUUGAUCAACCAUUACGCCAAGUCAUCCGAUACGAUCAAAACCAUUGGCUCUUCGAAGAACUAUGACCUUGUCAAUUCUGAGAAACGGGGUCUUGAACAAGGGCUUAUAGCUAUGCGUGGCUUCUUUACUAGCGUUAGGGCAGCCACAGGACGCAUACUACUCAACGUCAAUGUGUGUCAUUCAGUGUUUUACGAGGCUGGUCCGCUUGAACAAUUGAUGAACAAGCGAAGAGGUUAUAGCCUAUUCAAACUUGCCUCGUUCCUGAAGAGACUUCAUAUCAAGACCACUCAUCUGAAACAGAAGAAAAAGAGGGAUGGAACGGUUGCUAUACGACCAAAGAUCAUCCACGACCUCGCCACUCCAGAAGACGGCACCCGAAGAGGUGGACAGAGCAUAGAGCACCCCCCUAGAGUCCAAAGGUACGGAGCCGGUGCUAAAGACGUACAAUUCUGGUUUAAGGAUCAAGGAAAGAAGACCCCAGCCGGUAAAAAGGGGCAACCCUCAUCUUCCGAAGGCUAUAUUUCUAUUUAUGAUUACUUUCAGAAGGCCUACGGCAUCCAAAUUCAAGACCUUAAGAUGCCCGUCGUCAAUGUCGGUACACGGGAGAAUCCCUCCUACCUACCAGCUCAAGUAUGUGAAGUGCCGCCUGGCCAGCCAGCGACGAAAAUUCGCUUAAGUUCAUCUCAAACCAGUGAGAUGAUUAAGUUUGCAGUCCGUUCUCCAGCAGAUAAUGCCACCUCUAUUGUGUCGAAGGGAUUAAACAAUGUGGGAUUAAAUAUAGACGCCUUCACUCAGUUGAAUCAGUUUGGAGUCAGUGUUAAUCCCGGCCUCAUUACAGUUCCGGGCCGUGUACUCCCUCCACCAGGUGUUAACUACGGAAACAAUAAACGAGCCCAAGUAAGGGAUGGAAGCUGGAACAUGCUCAAUAUCAAGUUCUCGACACCAGCCAAUUUACGAAGUUGGGCAUGCCUCUACAUCGAUAUGCCGACGCUGUAUCCCAAAGCCCACAGGUUUGGGAAUGAGGAACAGCUGAAGGAGCUUACGAAAGCGAUUCGUAAUGUUAUGGUAGAUGAAGGCAUGACAGUUGCAGAACCGCAAGCGCACCUCAGGGUACAGGUUGCAAAUACAGAGGAUCCUCAGCUUGACAAAGCUAUUGAGUAUUUUGCGACCAAAGUACAACUCGUUCUAAUAAUUCUGCCUCAAAACCCUAUCCCAGAAUAUCAUCGCAUCAAGCAGCUUGGUGACGUCAAAUAUGGUGUACACACUGUGUGCACUGUUGGUUCAAAGCUUGCGCGGAAGGAUGACCAAUACCUUCGCAACGUCUCUCUCAAAAUCAACCUAAAGCUAGGCGGUGAGAACCAGAUUGUUCCACCUCAGUAUCUUGGUAUACUAGCUCAAAAGACUAUGGUUAUCGGAAUGGAUGUGACACAUCCAUCUCCUGGGUCAUCUAAGAUAGCACGCAGCCGUGCAGCAAUGGUUGCCAAUAUUAGCCCUCGGCUUACCCAGUGGCCUGGCGUAACAUCAUCCCAGUUAGGAGGUCAAGAGAUGAUAUCAGAUAUUGGAAGCAUGUUCAUAUCACGCUUAAAACUGUGGUAUCAGAAGAAUAGGGGCUAUCCCGAGAAUAUCGUGGUAUGUCGCGAUGGAGUCUCAGAGGGUCAAAGGAAGACCGUAUUGGAUCAGGAGUUGACGCAACUCCGCGCCGCAUGUCGGCCAAUAUAUCCAGCGCAGGACACAGCAAAGGGACUUCCCCGAUUCACCGUUAUUAUCGUCAGUAAACGUCACCACACACGAUUAUUUGCUACAAGCGUAGAUACUGCUGACCGAUCUGGAAAUCCCAAAGCCGGUACUGUGGUCGACCGCGGGAUAACAGAAGCUCGCACUCAUGAUUUCUUCCUGCAAUCUCACGCUGCGAUCAAGGGUACGGCUAGAUCAGCAAACUACGUCGUGAUAUUUGACGAGGUAUUCCCCGCUACCACUGCGCCUGGGAAGAACAAGGCCGACGAGGUACAAAUGCUAAUGCACUCUUUAUCCUACAUCUUCGGCCGCGCGACCAAAGCAAUCAGUUAUUGCGCACCGGCAUAUUAUGCCCAUCUCUUGUGCGAGAGAGAACGAGUGUUGAAUUAUAAAGAGUAUGAAACGCCCUCAAACUCUGUUGCGCCAUCUGUGGCGGGAAGUACUACACAGGAUGAUAGCGAAAUGAGGAUCCAUCAUAGGCUAAAGGACAGCAUGUUUUACAUAUAGCUGGUACGUAUCAACUUGCUGUCAUGGGGGUAGGACAAGGGGCUCGAAAAGCUUUUAU